AUGACGACGAAUUCAAAGAGAUCGUCAGAGACAUCGAAAGCGAUCACUGGAAAGACGGACCAGUGGACGAGACUCGCUGGGCGUUUGUUUAAAAUUGAAUUACUGAACAAAUAUUUAAAUAUUUCAGAAAAACGAAAAGUUCUCUACGUGAAUGGGGAUUGUCCUGCUCGUGGCAUGGGAUACCUCACAUGGCUCAAUCUCUUUCAGUAAGAACACUUCAGUUUCAUCCAUCCUUUCAAACUCUAUUUUCAUUGUUCCACCAUACUCCUCUGGUCCACCCUUCUUUGCAUCAGUGCCGUUUUGUUCAUCUUCCUCAUCACAAUCACUGUUAAACAAUACUUUUCUUUUCAAAAAACUGUGAACUUGAACGUAAGUUUGAAGAUUAAGUUCUGAAACUCACUAUUAGACGAUUUUUAGAUAGGAAUGGAUGAGUCGAAUUUCCCUUCGAUCACUUUUUGCAAUGCAAACCCUUACAAACUAAGUGCUGUUCAAGCUAUUCCAGAAUUAGAAGCAUUGGUAAUUGUUCUUCUUCUCCGUCCCCCUACCCCCAUAUUUUUUAAAUUAUUUCAGCUGACGGUAUACUCACAAGCGUUGCAAUGA